AUGCUCAUCAGAUCCCCCAGCGAAGAAGACGCCGAAGCCGACGACGUCUCCAACGGCGAGCUCAGGUCCAAACGCAACCUAUCUCUCAAGCACCACUACCCUCCGACAACAGAUCUCUUCAAUCUGGACAAGGAAUGCCAGAAGCUUGCCCUGUCGACCAACGUUGGAAUCUUCCUUUGCAUCUGGUUCGCUUGGAAUGAUGCUGAGCCCAAGUGCAUGGACAAUACAAGAUCUCCUUCUCCUUCUAGCAGCGUUACCUUCUGUUUUCUCUGGAUCUUCAAGCGCAAGGUCGUGGUUCCCCUGCUCACUGCCCACGUCAGGGUGCUCUUCGACUUCCACCAAGGCGGUGUCAGCGUCUUCGUCUUCAUCUCUGCUGAUGGUUUCGGGUGGGCUCUUAACCUGGGCGAUACGAUGGCGGAAGCCUCAUAG